AUUACAGACCGGAAGCAGUCAACAGGGCUGCCGGAAAUUCCUGAUGUUGAUCAACGGAUUUACCUUUUCGGCCUCUUAGAAGAGCAGGAAAGAAUCUGUGUUUGUACAUUUGUAUUGGUUAUUAAUUUACCGAAUAUCGACGUGUUAACCUGAGUAUUCUGUAAUACUAUAGCAAGAGGGUUAACUGAAAACGAUUCUGUGUUAACUGUUGGGCCCAAGGCUGGGCUGUCGAUAGCCUAGCUUUCACUGAAGUCCUGCUAGUUAGCAGCGUCGUCUUGUGUUAGCUCUCACAUUAGCUGGCUUGAAAGUCAGCUGUUCCUCAAUAAUAAAUUCAUUUUGAGUUGUAAAAAGGCAUCGUUCAAGGAACAUGGCAGUUGUCAACGAAAGCGCACUCAAGAAAAUGCUAAAGCAAUACAAAUAUAAAGAGAUGACAGUUCGUGAGAUAACCAAUGUCAUCUCUCAGUACAAGGAUUUGAAGCCAGUCAUGGAUGCUUAUGUGUUUAAUGAUGGUUCUACAAGAGACCUAAUGAGCUUGACAGGCACUGUCCCUGUGAGCUACAGAGGCAAUGUCUACAACAUCCCUGUGUGUUUGUGGCUGCUGGACACAUAUCCCUACAACCCCCCAAUCUGUUUUGUGAAACCUACAAGUGCCAUGAUGAUCAAAACUGGCAAGCACAUUGAUGCCAAUGGCAAAAUAUACCUGCCUUAUCUACAUGAGUGGAAGCACCCUCAGUCAGACCUGUAUGGGCUGAUUCAGGUGAUGAUAGUUGUGUUUGGAGAGGAGCCUCCAGUGUUUUCCCGGCCCACCACACAAGCUCCCUACCAAGCUUUUCAAGCAGCUGGACCCCCUAAUUCUUCCUACAUGCCUGGCAUGCCUGUGGUGUCACCUUACGGCCCAAAUCCCAACCCUGGAGGUUACCCAGCUUACCAGUACCCAGGAGGAAACUCUUACCCAGCCACUCCAGGACCUGCACACUACCCAACCCAGACCCCAGUCUCCACAGUGGGUCAGAGCAGAGAUGGCACCAUUGGCGAGGACACCAUCCGCGCAUCUCUCAUUUCAGCUGUGAGUGACAAACUUCGCUGGAGGAUGAAGGAGGAGAUGGACAGAGCUCAGGCUGAGUUGGACGCUCUUAAGCGAACAGAGGAAGACUUGAAGAAAGGACAUCAAAAACUAGAAGAGAUGGUCUCAAGACUUGACCAAGAAGUGGCCGAGGUCGACAGGAACAUAGAGCUCCUGAAGAGAAAGGACGAGGAGCUAAGCGAGGCUUUGGAAAAAAUGGAGAACCAGUCAGAGAACAAUGACAUUGACGACGUCAUUGUGCCCACCGCUCCGCUGUACAAACAAAUCUUGAAUCUGUACGCUGAGGAAAAUGCAAUUGAGGACACAAUCUUUUAUCUGGGAGAAGCCCUCCGCCGAGGUGUCAUAGAGCUGGAAGUCUUCCUCAAGCAUGUGCGACUUCUGUCCAGGAAACAGUUCCAGCUGCGUGCCCUCAUGCAGAAAGCCCGCAAGACUGCCGGCCUCAGUGACCUGUACUGACCCGCGAUGACGGCCCGGAAACAUCCAUAUCUUCACUCUUACUCUUUCGCCAGCUGUUUACUCCCUUUUUACUGUCUACUUGUAUAUCAACCAGCUGCCUCUUUUUUUAACAGAAACAACACAGACAGAGUUGUGAAACGUCAGAGUGUGGCCUCUGUCGUAUUGGCUGCCGUUGGAGGCCGCUGCUCCUUGUCAAACAAAACCCCGACGUGACAUUAUUAUUUGUGCGCCCCAGUGUUCAGUGGAAGCCCCUGUCGCCGUAGUGAUCUAGGUCCUGUGACGUGAGAAGCAGCUCGACACGCGUGUACGCGUAGUGUACGUGUAAGCCUGACGUGCGUGCAAUGUAUGCAACGUUUGGCCCGAGCAAUGCUGUACCUGGACAUGUGUACCACGAGUUACUGUGUUUACCCGCAUACAGCAUGCGCCAUCGCAUCCACAGGCUCUCUUUGCUGUCCCUUCGCUGGACAAAGCCAUUUGGCCCGUAAGCACAAAUGAUAAAGGGGGUGGGCUGAGGCUCUUUGGAGAGUGCUCCUGCAGUCCACUCCUCAGAAUGAAAGGUUAAGGCUCCGAAAUGAAUACCCUGAAUACCUCUUCCAAAUGACAGAGGUCAAGUCUCAGGAUUUGUUCAGUAUGCAUUGUGGAUCAUAUUUAGUCGAUCUCUUGGGGCCACUGAGCUAAAAUUUCCUAUUUGAGCUCCUAUACCUCUAACCAUCAUUACAGCUUUUUCUCUUUUGUGUCGAGACAGUCAUUUGAAAAAGCUGUUUCACUCUGUACAGUUUCUCUAUUUAAGGCGGAUGGCAGUAUUGGUAUACUUAAUUUUAAAGUAUAAGGAAGGAUUUGUAUUCUUUUUUUGCUUACCUUUCAGUUUUCCUUGUGCUGUCCUUUCAUGCUUGGGCCUGCUGAAAAAGUUAGGUUUUUCAUAAAUGUCAGGAAAAAGUUGUGAAUAAAACCGAGGGCUUCAGGAUACGAAAAAGUCAAUAACUAUUGUACUAAUCAGAAAGUUAACUUAUGUAAAGUUUGGUCUCUUAAGUUAGCCUUUUACUAAAUGCACUUUGAAUUGUAUGAUAGAUUUUUUUCUUUUCAUUUCGACCAUAGAUCACCUGUUCUUUUAUAUCUGUAGAUUUAUGGAAAUCAAUAAGAAAUAAAACGUCUGAUUUUAACGC